GGUAAAUAAAUAAACAAUAAAAUGUUUAUAGCUGCUUGACGAGCAGCUUUGGGGUUACCAAGCAACCAAAGUCGAGCUGUUGUAUUUGGAAUAGUGCAGAGCACAGAGAGGGGAAGAGUAGUGAGGAAUUCGCAGUCGCACAUAUGUGACUGACAGACCGCAAAGUGCUGGCACAGCUGAGCGAGAGAGAGAGAGAGAGUGCGCGCGUGUGCGUAAGAGCGUAAGGUGUGCUGCUGCUGCUGAGAGUGGGAGAGUGGGAGAGCGCGCGGUCAGUGACGACAGCAACAAGAUACACACAAGCUCAAGCUUGGCGCUUGCCUCGGUUAGUUAAGCGCGGUUUGGCAUACGGUGGAGACCUAAGGCUCGGUUUAUCGGCGCAGUAAUGUCCAAAUACACAAAAUUGGCUCGCGGCAUCUGCGAUCUGCUGCUUUGGCUUGCACUCACCGCGGCAAGUUUGCUGCUGUCCAAGCUGGUGAAGCCCUUCAAGCGUGGGUUCUUCUGCGGCGAUGAGUCACUGAGCUAUCCGCUGAGGCCAAACACCAUUGGCGAAGCGCUGCUGAUAGGCAUUGCCUUGCUGGUGCCUACGUCGGUGAUUAUUGUGGUGGAGCUUUUCAAGCAGCUGCCAGCGAAUGCGCGUGACAAGCAGCGCGAUGGCUGCCGCAUUGUCCAUCGCCUGGGGCAGCUCUACAAGCAGGCGGGCUACUAUCUAUUCGGCUUGGCUAUGCUCACGUUUACCACAGUGCUGAGCAAGUUGUGCUUGGGGCGUUUGCGUCCGCAUUUCUUUGCUGUUUGCCAGCCCAUGCUGCCCGAUGGCUCCAGCUGCCAGGAUGCGCAAAAUAUCGGACGCUAUAUCGAUAGCUAUAGCUGCAGCAAUGCCAAUGUUACGGAUCAUGAUUACGCUCAAAUGAAUUUAUCGUUUCCCAGUGGACAUGCCAGCCUCAUAAUCUAUGCGAUGCUUUAUCUGGCAAUUUAUUUGCAAGCAGCGUUAAGCACACGCAUCUCCAAGCUGCUGAAGCAUUUGCUGCAGUUCCUCUUCGUUAUGUUUGGCUGGUAUGUGUCGCUUACACGCAUCACUGACUACUGGCAUCAUUGGAGUGACGUUCUCGCUGGUGUUUUGCUUGGCGUGCUCUUUGCCUGGCUCACCAGCAUCUAUGUGGCCGAUCUGUUUGCCUUCAAGCGCUGGCAACGCGCUGGCUACUCAGCCAAUACGCUGAAGAAGGCGCAAGUUUCACCCAAAAGCUCCACCAAGUCGCAGUCGCAGUCGCAGUCGACUGCAGCGGCAAUGGUUGCACCUGCUCUGCCCGCUUACACUUUCGGCACGCUACCUUAUCUGGCUGCGCAUCCGGCGGCGCAGGCGCAAUACGCCCAGACCUAUCACAACUACGGCUAUGUGCCUUGAGUCGUGACCGUUCCAAUCUCUGUUUUUGUUUGAUUUCUGUAUUUUAGCUUAAUAAAUCUAUAAUAACUACUUGUAAGUCAUGAAUUUAUUGCGCUCUUUCCAUCCAUAGAAAGUUAAUUAAGUGCUGUGUGUACAUGAAAUAUUUUUGCUUGCGAAUUUCUUGAAGAUU